AACGGUGGCGAACAUCCUCCGGGAGCUGGUGGAGAAGCAGCAGCUUUCUGAGGAAACCGUGAGUUUGCUGCAGGCCCAGUUUUCAGAUUUGCCUUGUGAGUUGCACAGCUGGAGGCAGAUGUCAGAAUACUCACCAGAAAUGAGGCAAUUUGCUUGUAUUCUCCACCUCUACCAUGUUAAGGCCUAUGAUUAUCUACGGAAGAUUUUGCCCCUCCCUCAUCCUUACAGCCUGACAAAUUGGCUGUCUAACAAUGAGGCUGCUGCAGGCUUCAGCAAUGCAAUUUUUCUCGACCUUCAGGAAAAGGUGGAGAGAGGGGAACAGGCCUACCGCUACUGUGCCCUGAUGGUACAAGAAAUGUCCCUACAGAAGCAGCAGGAGUGGGACCCUCAGACCCAGAGCCUGACAGGCUUUGUUGACUUGGGAGCAGGUGUCCUUGAUGCUGACGAAGCUCCACUGGCCUCAGAAGCGAUAAUCCUCAUGGCAGUUGGCGUCUCAAGUCCCUGGACAGCUCCACUUGGCUACUUCUUCGUGAACAGUAUGACCGGCCACUUACUUGCUCAGCUGCUUCGUCAGACCAUCACUAAGCUGAACAACAUCAGCAUCACAGUGCUGGCUGUGACGUCAGGCACCACCGCUCGUGGUGCUGAGACCGCCAGAGCUCUGGGGAUCAGGUUAGAUCCUGAAAGGAUCCAGUGCACUUUCCAGCAUCCACCUGGCUCUGCUCACAGCAUCACGUACUUCUUCGACAUUUGCCAUGCACUCCAGCUGAUAAGGAAUGCUCUGCAGUGCUUCCGGAAGAUUGAGUGUCUCAGUGACACUGUGCAGUGGCAGCAUGUGGUGGAGCUGGCAGCUUUACGGGAGCAGAGGGUGUUAGAGCCAUGCAGUCCCAAGUCAGGCAGACCUGGCAGUGAGAGUUACCACCUGAAGGUCAACCUUGCCACCAUGUUGUUCAGCGAGGGUGUUGCUGAUGCGCUGGAACACCUUCAGAAGCUGGGCCUGGCCUCAUUCCAGAACUGCAGUGGUACAGUCAGGUUUGUGCGUUUUAUGAGCCAUCUGUGCGACAUAUUUCAUGGCAGAGGCCCCUACAGAAGGGGACUGAAGGGGCCUUUGCUAGCUGGAAAUUACACCAAAAUAAGCCAGCUCUUUAAUGAGGCCAAGAGCUUCUUCAUCACCUUAACAGAUUCGAUGGGGAGAUACAUUAUUAGGAGCAAACGCAAACUAGGAUUUCUGAGUUUCUUGUUCAAUGUUGAAAGCCUCAAGUGGCUUUACGUCAACUAUGUGUGUCCAGAAGGCACUCCUUCCCACCACAUCCUGGCCUCCGCCUUGACCCUUGACCCACUCGAGCUGUUCCUCGGGGCCCUCAAGCAAGCCUGCGGCAGUAGUGGGAGCCCCACUUGCACUGUGUUCCGGGCUGCUUAUCACAAACUGCUGGCCAGCUGUAGCCUCGCACCAGUCUCACCACAUAGUGGUAUCUCUGGCACUAUGAGCUCCUUGGACAUAUCUCUGUCUCGUAGGAGAGAUCUGACCCUUGGCAGCAUUCGUGCUCAGAUUAACCCAGGUUGUGGGAGGACACUGGCAACAGAGUACCCCUGUUGUGCAGGCCUUCUUUUGCAUGGCUCUGCACUGAGUAACGCGCUGACAGACCUAUCACUGUAUGCACAGAGUGUUACUUGUGCUGCAGGCAUUGUUGCUGAGCAAUUAGCCUCUGACUUGCAAUGCGAGGCUUGUCUUGCUUCCCUGUUUGAGUCAGAGUUGGCAGGUGUCCUGCAGCCCAAGGCAUGA